UUUCAGCUCAGUCGUUGAACGAGCUUAAACGAGAACAGAACAGUUUGAUACAGCAUGGAGCGCUUAUUGCCUGCUGAUGUUCAGCACUUGGAUGAUCCUGGAGGACCACCGAUGGAAGUGAUGUCAAAAAUUCUACAAAUUGGCGGUGUUCGUUAUCAACUUCUUUUUGUAAGAUCGGCUGACGCUAUCCGGUGCUACAAAUAUGAUCCAGCCUUGCAAAAGUGGCAUCAUUUGUGGAAUAAGAGCAACGUUUUUGCCGAAACUGACGAAGUGAAAUACUGUCCUUGGAUCGUGAGUGAGGAUGGAUUCGUUGUUGUGAGAAAUUCAACGGGGAUCCACAUCUUCAAAUUGAACGAACAGCUAAGAAUGGAACUGCUUUCGUCUGACGGCCGGUAUCACGAUGUUUAUAAUUGGAACAGGUCUGCCCAUUUGCUGUUAUUUGGAAAUUUUUAUGCCGAUACGAGCAAAAUUGGCAUAAUUAGUCGAAAUGAUCGAGGUGAAAUUUCGUUCGAAGCGGUGAUUAAGGAACAAGCAUUGGCUCGUUCGCAGCAGCCUAUAUGGAAGAUGGACUCUGAUCCGCUGAUUGGGGAACACUGGAAGGACUCUGGCACUGAUAUUUCGUUGGCAUUCGUGGAUUCCAGCAAUCAACAUGCGUUCACGAUAAGAACGAGUGAAAAGCUGGAAAUAUUCAAGUUUGGAAAGAAUCACGUCGUGAAAAAAGUGUUAGAAAGCAACGUAAUACCAUUCUCAACUUCGGAUGACGACCGGGUAUUCUACGGAAAGCUCUUUUCGGAUGUCAACCCCGUACGUGACGUUCUACAUUUCAAUAGUACUGGGAUGACCGUAUACAAGUACGAUAAAUCAUCGAGGAACUUUGUCGCUACAUUUUACGGACCUCAAUUCUCAAGGAAGCGUGGUUGGACUGCUGAUCAUCUUGGAUCAGUGAUGCUGCAUGAUAUCGAUCGUGAUGGAAUCGAUGAACUGUUUUAUAGUGGACCGUCGGGAUUAAACAUAGUUCGUGUGUCGGUGAAUAUUGAUUCGUCAAACGCAUUAUUGAGUGAUAAGGAUAUGGAUGUUACUAAUCGGCAUACAAAAGGUGUAGCUGUAGUUGACGUUGAUAAUCGAGCAAUUGUUGUUGCCUUAGGAAAAAUCAGUGUAGCUUCAUUUACAUUGCAGUUGAAUACCAAGGAAGAGACGAAUCUUGAACAAAAUGUUAUCGAAGAAAGUUUCGAGCCAAAAGGAGCAACACAACCGAUUUCUCAGAUUACAGAUGCACCUCCGUCAGUCCUUUUUCUACAUGAUCAACUUGAUUUUAAGGAAUUCUUACAUCCAAGAAAUCCUCUUGUUGGAACAUUGGAUUUUUCGGUGCCACUAAUUAAAGUUCCCAGCACUUUUGGGAUUGCAAUAACGCAACAAAUCGCUUUUGAAGAAUAUAAACCAGCAGAUGUUUUAGGUGCAGGUUGGUCCUUACCAAUCGAUUGUAUCUAUAUCGAACGUCGAGGAAGUAUUUUUCCCGUUGAUCACGAUUAUUACCUUGUGAAGGGUGGAGCUCAAACAGAGUUGAAACGUAAUUUUCAAAUGAAAUCAAACGAAAUUAUUUCAUUUUCUCUAGAUGGUUCGCCAGAAGUGGAAAUAAAGUUUCAUAAAUCACAGAAAAGAUGGAUUAUAAAAACAAAUUCUGAACAAUACUUUUAUGGAUCGCUUAACAAUGUCGAUUGGAUUCAGUGGGAACCAGGAUCUGAGGAUUGGCCUCUGGUAAACAGUGGGAUGGCAGUAAAAGCACAACCUUCAGUGUGGUUUCUUGCUAUGAGACAAGAUCAGCAUGGAAAUUUUUUGAAAUAUAUUUAUUCACCGGAUUAUGCCAAGCUUUCUUCUGGGGAAAGUUAUGCUCGAAGAUUGAAUUUGUUAAAAAUAACAAGUAACAAUGGAGAUUCAGUCAGAUUUACUUACAACAUGCAAUACAAUUCUACACUCUUAACUGAGUUUUUUGUACAAACGUCAGUUUACACACAAAAGGUGAAUUUGAAUUAUGAAUUGAUUAAAUCUUCUCCACGUUUAACUUCUUUAUCUCAAGUAAACAUUCCAAUUUUGAAAUUUAAAUAUGAAGGUGCUCGAGGUGAAAUGACAGAGAUUCAAUACCCAAAUGGUUUGAUAUCUCAAUUCUCGUACAGUUUCAUAUCGUUUCCAGAGGCUUUGGUUGAGAAUAAAUUCCAAUCUUUUGCUGAUAUUCAAAUUACCUACGGAAAAAAUUACAUGUUAAUAGCUGGUAAAACUGAGGUAGGCCAAGUUCACAUUCAAGCCAGGGAUGUUGUUGGCUCUGCCACAACACAAAUGUCGGGUCUACUGUUUCCAGCUUUGGGAAAAGAAAGUGUCACCAAAUUUGAAGUUCUAACAGCAGAUAACUUUUUUAUCGUAUUACUGUAUCACGAGAAGCAUAAAGAGCUUUGCCUUUUCCGGCAGCAAUCGAAAGGAUGGUCUUCGGAAGCAUCUUAUAUGAAACUUGCAGAAAACAGCAAACUUAUGGCUGGAAAAUCGUUUAUUACUAUCCGUAAUGGCAAAAAACUUGGUAUUCUACAAUUAGUGAAUGAUAAGUGGGACGUUAAGCCAGUUUUGAAUAACCUUGCCGAUGAUGCUAUUGUACAAACAUUUUCCUAUGCUUAUGUGGUUCACAAUAACUUUGAGCUAACAAUUGGCUUCCAAGGUGAAGAUGGAACCUGGAUCAACAAACCCAUACCAGUUGUUGGAAACUUUCUUCAAUCAAGUUUGCUGGUUUUUGACCAGUUCGAAACUGAUCAAGCAACAAUUGAUAAACUGAAAGAUUUAUUCAAGCAAGGAGUUCUGCAAACACAUCACAAUGCUGUUAUAGUACGAAGCUUGAGUCUUCAAGAUUCUAAACUUUUCCUGAACCUUCACUUCCGAAUAUUCAGCAGUAAUUACGAGUUAAUCAAUCAGGAAACUGUAUCAAUAUUGAUUGAAGAUUUGAAUGAAUAUAUACUGGAACUUCCACCCAUGCAAGACAAUUUCUUCAAAGUGGGAUACGAAAAAGUAAAUGGAAAGUUUAAACUUAAAGUAAAACAUCACACGGGCACUGUCCUGGAUGAGGUUAAACGGUUGAAGGAACGAGUUGAAGACGAAAUUCGCAAACAUCCCCACGCCUCGGAGAGUGAAAAAAACAAAUAUCGUCAGGAAAGUUUCGACAAACUGGACAGCGAUCUCCAGGAAGUGUACAAGAAUGUUACCGCCGGAAUACCUUUUGCCCUUGAUCCAGCCAAGUUUGGUGUGUUUGUCAGCCACGAAAACAUUGUUGCAGCUUCACACAAGCUUGAAUUCGAUGGUUAUCGCUGGAACAAGGUGAAAAUUCCAGAAAAUGAAAUUAAUGUUGCGAAUUUACAAAUAACAUUAGAUGACGAUUCUGUGUUGUCCAAAGCAGGAAAAAAGGAAACCUUCAAAUUUCUUCGUAACAAUAAAUUACUGUGGGAUACCAAAUCAAUUCAUGGAAAUGAUUUAAUUUUAUCAUACCCGGACUAUGCAUGCGUUCAGAAACCGAACAGCACAGGAGUGAUUUUUACAUUUGAAAAUAAGAAAGUUCAUCAUUUCUCAAGCGAUGAAUUUAUCAGCAGAAUGAGUAACCAUUUGGCAAUUAUUACAGCCAAUGAAAACGGCACAGCAACUUCUGUGAAACCUGUAAAAUCGUUUCUCAAUUACCGACAAAACGUUAUAACUAGACAAGACAUUAUCCAUACUGAGAACGAGAAGCAAACUAAUGAAUUUGUAUAUGAUGCAUCCAAAGUUACGCCUUAUUCAGACGGAUUUGCUUUCACUCAAUCAAAAAUUUUACCCGGUGCUAACCCAGGACUGUACGGUUGGUACGAAGAAUCAUUUGACUUGAUAGAAGGGAAAAAUAGCACAAAAGUUAUUAAAAAUUCUAAAGCGAAAAUUGUUAAAACAAUUAAGCAAGAGGAAAAUUCAAAUGGAAAUGAAAAAAAUGAUGAUGACAAAUUUUUAACCGAUCGCUUAAAACGACGUGUUAUCGUUGACUUGCGCCCAUAUCGUUUAUCUCAAGAAGUUAUUUCGUACUACGGUUUCGAGCCUUUUGAAUCCAAUCGAAUUGGUUCAACGAACAACAAAUGGAAGUUCGAUGAAAAUCGCAUCAUGCAAGAAAAUUCAAAUCAUUUCCUUAGACUUUCUUCCAAUUCUCAAAUCUCUGGAACAUUUUCUCCAAAACUGGAAAAUUUAUCUUUUGUGGUGUCAAGCUGGGUACGUACUCAGCUAAGUUCCAUUAUUUCAGAAAUUCUCACGAUGAACAUACUUUCCUCAAAUGGAAUUAUAUUAAAACAAAUCAAAGGAUCGAAACAAUUUAACAUUCAAGACUGGUGCUACGUUGAGGCUUCAUACCAAUCAUCUCCGGGUGAAAAUGUCCAUAUAAUUGAAGUUAGAAUAAAAAAUCCUUCUUCGGAUUUUCUUGAUGUUGACCAUGUUCGUUUUAAUCCACUGAGCUUCAACUUUGAAGCUAAUCUGUACGAUGCUAGAAGUGGAAAUAUUCGUGCCAUUUUGAAAAAUUCUGGAAUGUUACAACAAACACUGUUAGAUCCAUUUGGAAACAUAGUUGCAAAGGUGUCCGAAAGUGGAUCGAUUGAAUCCUUCACAUCUAAAUCAAGAAAUUCACACAUUAAAAAACACGACAAUUCAAACUCAAAAGUCGAGAUGAAGCCAGCUCUGGGUGAAAUUGUACCGGUAGGUGUUUCAAGGGUUAAUGAAACUUUGAAAUAUUCUCCAAACACUUUCAGUUUUCGUUUCCUGUAUAAAGUUAUUGAUAGCGGGAGCAUAAACAUAACAUUAAAUGCUACAACAUUUGAAGUGAUGGGAAAUGGGAAGCAGGUUUCGGUUAAAAUUAACGAUUCGACUUCUAUUUCUAUAGAUUCAGAGGGUGAAAUCGUUGUUCUUAUGACUAAAUUGUAUAUUGUGACUUGGUAUCAAGGACAUAUUAUUUCAGAAAUUAAAAGGAUUUUGAGCUCAAAUUUUGGUUCUGAGCUUAGAGUUCAUACCACUGGACAAGUGUCCAUUUCGCAAUUUAUGUUGAUGUAUGAUCCAUCAGUGCAUGUUUUCUAUUUCAAUAAACUCGGCCUGGUUAUUCAAGAACUUAUUUUGCAAGAUCACAGUAGCGUCAAAAUAAGGCAAAUUGUUUAUGAUAAGAUUGAUAGACCGGUCCUAAAAACUAAAUGGACAGAGGUAAUAAGGGAACAGAAUAUGUUGUUGAAAUAUGAUGAUAAAUUUCUCAUGAAUGCUAGUAAAUUAUUAUCAACACGUAAAGCUGAAGGACUAGUAUCUGAUUUAAACUCUGACUGCGAAGGAUACCCAUACACGUGGGUUACCUAUCGGGAUGAUCCACUUCAAGAGAAAGUUGCUACAGGCCUUCCUGGGAAACCAUUCUCGGUAGAUGGACCGUACAGCGUAAAAUUUGGAUCGAAUCCCAGCGUGUCUUCUAUAAGGAAUCUUUUUCCAACAAAUAAAGGCUUUAGACAUGAGUUUGAGUUAAACUCGGGGGGAUCACUAACUAUAACUGUUUAUGACAAAAGUAGCAAUAAAGUCACGGAACUAGUAAAAGUAAUAAAUCACGAUCAUCGGUUGACUACUUUCGAAUACGAUAGUAAUAAUCGUUUACUGCGGGUGCUUCCACCAAUGUACCAUUUUAAAGCUAAAACACUAUCUAAAGCCGAUCCUUUCUUCGAUCAAAAGCUGACCUUGGCAGAAAUUAAAAUGCGAGAUAAAUGGGCCAAGACGUACGCGUACGAUGCAGAGGGACGUCUAGUGGAGCAAUCAGCUCCGGACUCCGGGACACAACGUUACAUGUACACAGAAGAGGGAUUGUUAAGAUUCAUCAUAAAUGACAGCCAAGAUGUUACUUUCUACACAUACAACUCUCUAGGAGAAAUUGCAGAAAAAGGUUAUUUGAAAAUAACAUCGGAAGAGCUUCCCCGUUAUUUGGCCAAUAAUAGUACUUUACCAAAGACAAACAACUUUGUAGUAUACGACCGUGGUGAAAAUGAACUUGUGUCUUCUAUCAGACAUCGUGUACAAAAGUCCAGAAAAAAUGUUGAAGGUUUGAUCGUUACUGAAGCACUGCAUUUUGAUGAGAAAGACCAGUUGCUCAACAAAAUUUUUAUAUCUGCUAAUAACUCGAUGGCAAUCAAUUACGAAUACAUGAAUGGUAGAUUAACGAAAAUCAACUAUCCAUUCGGUGUCAAUGGAAAACCUUUAAGAGUACGGUAUGAUUAUAACGUGCACGGAAAAAUUGAGUCUGUAAAUAUGGGAGGUAAAACACUCGCAUCGAUUCAGUACACUCCUCACGAACAAAUCAAGGAAAUACAUUUUGAACCGCGUAGUCGUUUCUCAUACAAGCGUAAGUUUAACUAUAACGCUCCAGGAUAUUUAUCAUCCGUUCGGGAUAAUUUCUUCUCUGAAACCGUGGAUUACAUUUCAGGAAGUUACGGAGGCAAAUCCUUCGGAGAUGGUACAGUGUCUGCUGUGAGCUUCAAUUCCACAUGGCAUUCCAAAAGUGAUGUUGAAUUUAUCAAACUUGAACCUAAACAUUUCGUUUCCAAGGACACAUCGCUUGAGCAGGCUAGUUUGUGUCUAAAUGCGUUGGAAAAUCUAGGUUUUCUAGAUGAUCUCCGAAGACCCCUUAAAUCGUUCUAUCCGGCAACCGAAUUACGAAUGCCACUUAUUUGCGGUACUGGAAGCAGGGCUAAUCAUAUUGCUGCAGUGUUGACGAAUGUAGGAUUUCCCACAUUCUACGGCCAUCGUUACGAUUACGAAAAUCACAAACAGCUAAUAAAAGCGAAAUAUUUUCAAAGCAGUGACGAAGUCACACUUGAUCCUCUGACGCAGCAAUCGUUUUCCAAGUUGAUACCGGGAUUAAGUGUUACUGACUCCAAAAACGUUUGGGAUUCUUUAAAAUCUGCAGGAUUUAUUAUAACUGAUUGCAGCAACAGCCAAACGUGUCAUGCUUUGCCGGGAAAGCCGCUGUUUCAUCCGACGAUAACGCAGCACAUAAAUUCCGCUUCCCUUGAGGUGCUCUUUGCAGGAGCAAUCAAAGUUAGGAAAGAUCUUCCGCAGUCUGUUUUUUCAGCUGUUUGCAAAAUUUGGCAUGAGCACGAUCUCGUAAAUCGUGACGAGUUUUGUGAUAAGGUUUGGAAAGAGCUCCUGUCCCAAAGCUUUGUGGGAUCUAGAUCUAACAAGUCUACGAAGGCUCUGAACCCAGAGCUUAAAGCAGCGUUGAAAAAUCAUUCUAGAUUUUUAAACGAAAUUGUGUCCACACUGUAUGAACACUUUGCUAAAGGAUUAGGCAACUCGGCUGGUGACAUCCAAUCUUACGAUACCGAUGCAAACGGCAAUCAUGUGCACUUUUAUACAGGAUUUAAAAGAUAUCGCUUGGAGUACCAGGAAAAUACGAACAAAAUUUCCAAAAUCUUCUGCACUGAUCUUGCAACAGAAGAAAUGAGGGAAAAAGAGUUUGCUAUGGAACACGAUUCCGAGGGAAGCGUUACGAAAGCAACUCAUAAAGGUAUAGCCAAUAUUUCGUAUGAUCAUUUGAACAAACGAGUACAACAAAUUGACAUGAUUGAUGGACGACAAGUUUUCUUCCAAUAUGACGUUCGGGGAGAGAGGAUACUUAAAGUAGUGGCAGAUCAUAAUGGGCAAAUAUUGAGACAAAAAUAUUACAUUCGUGAUAUUAAAGGAAAGUGCUUAGUGGACUAUGAAGUAACACACUCCCAAAAUGGUGCAACACAUGUCCGUAGUACUGCGUACAUAUUCUCUGAUAACGUUAUGCUUGGUUUCGUACGGGAUGGUCAGUUCUACAGCGUCUAUUCUGACCACGAAGGGUCGAUCCGGUUGAUGAUCAGGAACGGUGAAGUGGUAGCGGCUUACGAUUACCUACCGUACGGACAGUUGCUUCGUGAGUACAAUACUGAUCCAGAUGCAGCAAUUGCUUACCGAUAUACAGGACAAGAGUGGGACGAAGAAACAAAUCUUUACAACUAUCAUGCCCGGUUGUAUGAUCCUGAAAUUGGACGAUUCUACCAAAUCGAUCCAAAGGAGCAAUAUCCUAGUCCUUACGUGUACGCUGGAAACUCCCCGAUAUCUCUGGUAGAUCCAGAUGGUCAAUUUGCGUUUUUGAUUCCCCUGGCAUUUGCUGCCGUUGGAGGUUACUUGGGGGCAUCUGCCGCAAACGGAUCGUUCAAUCCGACAAAGUGGAAACUCAAACCUACACUUAUUGGUGGAGUUCUUGGAGCCGUCAUGGGUGGCUUAGCUCCAGCUGGGAUAGGUGCAUCGUUUACCUUUCUGACUGGAACUGUAGGAUUAUCCUCAGUGGCAGCUGGAUUUGUUAUUGGCACUACUGCUGGAGGUUUUGCCUUUUUGAGUGCAGCUUCUGCCAACCAAAACUGGAAUCCUUUAGAAUGGAACUGGUCUGAUCCUGCCACUUUUAAUGCUUUAUUUGGGGGAGCCGUUUCAGGAGCAACGUUGUUUGCUGGUAUCGGAAACGUACACAAAAGAUUCAUAAGUCUCGCUGGAACGGAAAGAAUUAUAUUUGUCGCGAGCGUUGUCACGAGUACUGCUGGAGUAGCCCUUUAUGCUGGCGCUAUGGCAAAUGAUGGAAAUCUGAACAUUUUUGAAUGGAAUUGGUCUAGUCCCGAUACCAUUUGGAAAGUUACGAUAGGAGCAAGUUUUGGAAUGCAGGUGUCAACCAAAUUGCAUGAAAUCGAAUCAAAAAUUCAUGGCCAUCUCAAGGACCUUAAACAGCUCAUAAAGUCAGGACAGAGUGGUGAUAUGAAAGUCUUUUUGUCUGAUGCCAAAUCAUACUUUAAGCAAACCCACGAGUUACUAAUCGAAAUUCAAACAACCUUAAUUAAAAACGCAAAAUUAGUAGUUCGCCAACCGUUCCUUCAACUCGUCAGCUCUUCAUCUAAACAGUCUGAUGGAGUGAUUGAUGCUGUAAAAUCUAUUCUUUUUGAGGUAUCGAAAUAUGAUGGAACUCAAGGCAUUGUUACGGAAUUACUCCAGAAUUUGGAUGAUGCUAAACCAUCGAAUCGGCACUCCAUUGAAAAGCGUAAUGUUGAUUGCUGCCAACUACAAGUUGUGGAUAACUUUCAACUCAAAGACCAUCCAUAUGCUUCAAAUUCAGGUGUACCACUGUUUUCCUCAAUUAUCAAUGAUUUUAUGUCAACAUUGAAUAGUUAUUAUUCAAGCUUUUUCCACGUACCAAAUACUAACAAAUAUUGCAGUAUAAGUGUAGGAUUCCAAGCAAUUCCCGAUCAAUCGAAACAUACGUUUGUACUUCAAAACUGCUACCACUUCAAACAAUCUGAUGAGUCGAUCGUUACCAAGUGCUUUAGCAUGAAUUCGCAAUACACCGUUUUUACAAAAAUUAAUCCGGACGAACGUAUCGUUGAAGACUCCUACUCCUUCUGCAAACCUAUUGAGUUCAACGGAAAUGCAUCUGUAGUUUGUGAUGGCAAACAAAGUUCUUUGGUUUUCACCCCAAAGCCCUCCGGUCUUGGCUUGGAUUACAUAAACGGAUGUCUUAUGUUAGCCAUGGUAGCACCUGCAGCGUUUAGUAGCAUCAAAAACUCCAUUCUUAAUUUUUCUGCACAGUUUUCGAGUAAAACCAGAAAAACAACCUCACCACUAGUUGAAAACACAAAUGAAUUGAUCAAAAGAUUUGACUGCCUCAAAGGUAAACUAAAAACGAUUAAUUCAAGGAAUGUGCGGUGGAUCAACAAUGUAGUUGAAGAUUUGAACGAGGAUAUCUUAAGUUUUACCAAAAACGGUGAUGUUGAAGAUUAUACCGCUUUGUUAGAUCGCUUAGCAGCAGUUGAUGAAGAGUUAACAGAAACGAUUAAGGUGAAGUACUACCGUCAGAUGUUUGAUACUUCAACAAACACUACAGGGCCAUCAUUUGAAAAUAAUCACACCUGGGCAUCCUUUCAGACAUUUGACAUUAGGAGGGAAGCUAUUAUCGAACAAUUGGCUCUGGAAUGUCUUGACAUAAUGCAGUAAGAAGGUUUUUUUUAUUCACAUAUAGAUUAAGAAUAAAUUAUCAAAAUAGAA